AUGGGUGAGCUUUGCGUUGCGAAGGCUAUCCCGCCUCCCGGAUCUCGUCGCUUGGGUGGUCCACCUGUGCCCGUUUCAGCUAAUCGAUCCGUGUUCUGUGAGGCUUCUCGAAACUUGAAGUGGACCAUUACGAAUACGGGCAUUAAUGCGCCUGUAUACAAAUUGACACUCCCCAAUCCUGACAUGCCUGGGAAUGAUCAACCAUUGUUCCAAAUUUCAAAACCUAAUCCCAACGAUACAUGGUGGACGAUGUUUUACUUCACUUAUGGCGGCCACAUGAUUCCCCCCAAACGUAUCGAGUUUGGACGCAUCCAAAAAAAUGCCACCGCGAGUAACGGAGGCGGCGCAGGUACGCGCGUAACUAUCACAGGUCGCACGCCCGAACAGCAGGCUGUAUGGCAAACACUUGGUGAAGGUAAUGAAGACAUGGUCGAAUGGAUCGUCAUUUUUGCUGCCUUAAACCUUAUUGACGAAGAAAUUGUUCGUGCGGCUUCGCGCGCAUCAGAGCCGAGAGCACAACAAAUGCAACCGGUUCGACAACCAUCCCAGCAGCCUCGGAGUCCUGCUAUGCCGGCUACAGCGCAGCCCCAAAACCGUAUGCCUUCUGCGCAGCGUGAGCCGAGAGCGCAACAGGGACCAGAUCUAUUUGCAUCAGCCGGUACCAGAGCUCAUCCCGUUCCGGGCAAUAUGUCGGCUUCAAAAGGGAAGGCGCGAGGAAAGCGCAUGUUCCCAUUCAUGAAAUGA